AUGAAUAUUCUCUUAUUACUGUAUUAUUUCACCACCGCAACUAGCGCAUAUGCUCAACGAAUACCGACCAGAGCUACCGUUCCGGUUGAGCCAUCACCACAUUUGUCAGCAGUUCCCGUGCAUCGUCCAAAGGUGUCAUCAUCACAAAUCAGUCCUAAUCCUGAUCGCAUACAUAAUGCGCUUGAAUUUACUCCAUACUAUGGAGGUUAA